CGACAAGAUGGCGAAGCGCAAGGCGUCGGAGACGUGCGAGGACGGGCGUGAAAACAAGAGACUGCACUCAAGCAACCCGGACCGGCUGUCUCGACUCAGUCACGAAUUAACACUGCGAGUGCUGUCAUUCCUGCCCGUGCCCGAUCUUAUCAUCUGCCAAAGAGUCUCACGACAUUUCCAUGUCCUCGCCGGCGAUUCUCAACUAUGGAAAGCCUUAUACUACAACAGAUUCGUCCGACCGAGAGCAUCGCGCAUACCUGGAAUCCACGAGUCUGGAGUGCCCGCCGAGAGCUUGUAUUAUUCGUCAAAAUUAUCGAGAUGGCUGCACGAAGACAACCUGGUCAGAAAAGGGAAAGAGACGAAUUGGAAGAGACAGUACAAGACACGCCACAACUGGACAAAGGGAACAUGCGGUGUCAGCGAGGUGCCUGUUGCGCCUGAGCCAUCAGUCCCGCCAACACUGCUGCAUAUGCACGAAGGAAUCAUCUUUAUGGCCGACCACAUUCACGGCCUGCGCGCAUGGUCUUCGCAGAGUGGACAGGACAUGUUGGCGACGAUAGCCUUUCCCGACAAUGCUGGUCCUCCUUCAGCUCUGACGGUCGAUUCUGCAUCUACACGCUCCUCGACUGUCACGCUUGCCGUUGGUUUCCAGGACGGCUCCUUCACCGUCUACGAUCUUCAUGAUAACCGCUUUACAUCUCGCUACUCUCACGAACCUUCUUCUAAUGGCAUGAUAUCGGCUGUCGCUCUAUCGUUUCCCUACUUGGCGACCAUGACAGCGAGCCAACUUCUGUCCUUUUACAAGUUCAUGCCGGCCGAGGACAAGCCAUCAGGAGCCAUCGCAGAUCCUCCACGAUUAUUACAAUCCUUACAUUCACGGACCGUCUGGCCACCUCUCACCCUGUCCAUUCGCCCUCAACCUGACACCGUGCUUGUGUCCAUUGCUUACUCACUCCCCACAUAUCUCAGCGGCUGGACCGUUGGCAUACAGGAGAUGCGUUUGACCCCAGAUGGCAAGCUUGUCGAAUCGCGCCUCGCAUCCGCUAUCGAUCAGAACUACCGCCCUCUUACCUUCAACUCCACAAAUCCUGCUCCAGCGCCAGCGCCGCUAACAAUACCCCCGUUCGGCCACUUCAACACCUCCGAAGCCAACCAGAUCCACUCCAAGCCAACCUCCCUGUCAUACUCACAUCCCUACCUUCUGGUCUCUCAUCCCGAUAAUACUUUGACCCUCUACCUCGUCUCUUCUACAACAGACACUCUCAAGAUAAGCCCUGGCAACAGGCUCUGGGGCCACACCUCUUCUAUCUCCGGCGCACAUGUCGGAGGCCGUGGUAAGGCUGUCUCCGUCAGUACCCGCGGUGACGAACUCCGCGUCUGGGAACUCGAAGGCGGCUUUGCUUCAGCAGCCGCACGACGCCGUCUCGCUGCCGGUGAACUAAGCGUCCAACUACGACCUGAAAAGCCCUCACACCCAUCAACAGAUGACUUGACUCCGGCCAUCAAGGUCAGAGGUGAUGGCUUGGGUCUUGCGUUGAAACACAAAGGCGGUAUAGACGAGACCAGUAUGACAAGAGGCUUUGUAGGAUUCGACGACGAUAAAGUCGUUGUGCUCAAAGAGAGGCAUUUGGGAGCACAGGCUUUGGUGAUUUAUGACUUUACGUAGCGAUGGCUCUCUUUCUGGCCAAGUCUCUUGACGACUUUGAAAUGAAAUCUCCUUUUGUUCUCCUGC